GGCGUUUUAGUGUAAAAUGAAAGGAUUGGGACACAAGCGGCGCGCUAGCUGUGUGUCUCUGGCUGUCGGUCUUCAGCACUGCGCCCGCCGCUUCAGGUAGGGCUCGUAUGUGGGAAGAUGGCGACGGAUAAACAUAAACAUGAAGGCAGAGUGAAAAUUGGACAUUACAUUCUAGGAGACACGCUUGGAGUGGGGACAUUUGGGAAAGUUAAAGUGGGCCAGCAUGAACUGACCAAGCACCAGGUAGCUGUGAAGAUCCUGAACAGACAGAAGAUCCGCAGUCUGGAUGUAGUGGGCAAGAUUCGCCGUGAGAUCCAGAACCUCAAGCUCUUCAGGCACCCGCACAUAAUUAAACUGUACCAGGUGAUUUGCACACCGACUGACAUAUUUAUGGUUAUGGAAUAUGUGUCUGGGGGAGAGCUGUUUGACUACAUUUGCAAAAAUGGAAAGCUCGAUGAGAAGGAGAGCCGACGUCUGUUCCAGCAGAUAAUUUCAGCAGUGGACUACUGCCACAGACACAUGGUGGUACACCGAGACCUCAAGCCAGAGAAUGUCCUUCUGGAUGCUCAUAUGAACGCUAAAAUCGCCGACUUUGGAUUGUCAAAUAUGAUGUCGGACGGGGAGUUCUUGCGGACCAGUUGUGGCUCCCCUAAUUACGCAGCUCCUGAAGUCAUCUCAGGGAGGCUGUAUGCAGGACCUGAGGUGGAUAUCUGGAGCAGUGGAGUGAUCCUGUAUGCUCUGCUGUGUGGGACGCUGCCCUUUGAUGAUGACCAUGUACCAACGCUCUUUAAGAAGAUCUGUGAUGGCAUCUUCUUCACCCCACCGUACUUGAACCCUUCAGUUAUCAGCCUUCUCAAGCACAUGCUGCAGGUUGACCCCAUGAAGAGAGCCACUAUUAAAGAGAUUCGGGAGGAUGAGUGGUUUAAACAGGACCUACCUAAGUAUCUAUUUCCAGAGGAUGCUUCUUACAGUACCACCAUGAUUGAUGAGGAAGCACUGAAGGAGGUGUGCGAGAAGUUUGAGUGUACAGAGGAGGAGGUGCUCAACUGCCUUUACAGUCGAAAAAACCAGGACCCUCUUGCAGUUGCCUACCAUCUGAUCAUAGAUAACCGGCGCAUUAUGAGUGAAGCCAAAGACUUCUACCUGGCCACAAGUCCCCCUGACUCCUUCCUUGAUGAUCUGCCUGCUCACCACUUUGCCAAGCCUCACCCGGAGCGAGUGCCAUUCCUGGUGGCUGAAGCUCAACCACCGCGACCCCGUCAUACUCUGGAUGAACUCAACCCCCAAAAGUCCAAGCACCUGGGUGUCCGCCGUGCUAAGUGGCACUUGGGUAUCCGCAGCCAGAGCCGGCCUAAUGAUAUCAUGAGUGAAGUAUGCCGGGCCAUGAAGCAGCUCGACUACGAGUGGAAGGUUGUUAAUCCCUAUUAUCUACGUGUGCGGAGGAAGAACCCAGUUACGGGCCUGCAAACCAAGAUGAGCCUGCAGCUUUACCAAGUGGACAGCAGGACCUAUCUACUGGACUUCAGGAGCAUAGAUGAUGAUAUUUUGGAAACGAAGUCAGGUACUGCCACGCCGCAUCGCUCUGGCUCGGUUGGCAACUACCGGACUACCCUAAAGAACGAUAAGAGCGAGAGGAACGGAUCUGAGGACGGGAUAAAGGGCGAAGGCUCAGCCCCCUCCACACCCCCAGUGGGCGGGGCUAAGCAGGCAGAGGGCUCCCUCGCUUCUUCGCUGACCUCCUCGGUUGACUCGGCAGGGGGAGAGACAUGCCCACGGCCCGGCAGUCACACCAUCGAGUUCUUCGAGAUGUGUGCUAACCUCAUCAAGCUGCUGGCACGAUAACUUGCCGUCGCUCUCACGCCUUUUUUCCCCUCACUCUCCUCUUUGUCUUUCUGCUCGUCUCUCGCUUCUUGGACUUUCUACCUCUGUCUUUCCAUCUCCAGCAGACUCAGUUUCUUUCUUUUCUUCUCUCACUCUCUCUUGCUCUCUCUCUCCUUCUUACUCUCUCUUUCUUUCUGAGUGUCUUUAGAGCAAUAAGCAUGCAAGCAGACGUCUCACGGCUCCAUGAAUCCCACACGCACAACCAAGCAGACUGGUCUGUGGUACUGCUACGAUCCGUUUGUUUGAUUGGUGGAUGAGGAGGUGAAGGUAGAUAUGAAGCUCUUGAGAAAGGGAAUGCAUGUUUUUCAUGCCACAGGCAAGAAGUCCAAAAGAUUGUCUAGCCACUUUAUACUGACUAUAGAAUAUUCUUUUAGAGCUGGUUUUACAAUUGUUUAUUGAUGGGCUUGUUGGCCCGUGGUUGAAAUGUCUGCACGCUGAAUUGUUAUACACUGAGCUAGCUGUACUGUAUAUAAUGGCACCACAAAGAAAGAGCGAAUGAGGCAGAAUGCAAUUUUGCACAAGUUUUUUCUUCACAUGCUUCUGCUGGCCAAUGUUAUAAAAGAAGCAAGUAAUUCCAGGAAGGGGCCAACUUAAUGAAUGAACAUGUAAUGACAAGGGUCGACUUUGAUCAAGUGGGUAGUGGGUGCUGUAGAGGGGUUCAUUAAUGAGUGGGCCAGUUUUAACUUGUUCAUUCUGAGGAAGUGCAAUGACCCUUCCUCUAACCGUUUUCAUAGAUAAGAAAAUUAAUUUCUUUUUUGAUGUAAACUUCAUUGAUUUUUAAGACUAUGUUCUGAUUUUUUUUUUCUUCACGUCAUAUUAGACUUCUUUGCAUUGCUCACAUUUUACACAUAUAGAUAUAAGUAUAUACAGAAUAAAAAAGGCAUUUGGAAAUAUAUUUAUCAGUGCUUUAUGGGAUGGUAUUUUAUAUUGAAAUGAUAAUGGACUGAAAGAUUCCUUUUAACAGGUAGUUGUUGAUUAUAAUGUUUUGUGAUGUUUGAUUUCAUACACUGCUUCAUCCAUUUUUAAAACUUUUAGUUGUAGGUGUUUUACAAAAAAAUAUAACAGUUUGAAAAAUAAUUACAUGUGAAAUUGACUGAAUUCACCUUGUAUUAUUAUACUUUCAACAAAGGACCCCCAGAGACUAAAAUAUGUAUUAAAGAGGAAAUUGAUGGAGAAGUGUUCUUUGAGGAAUAGAAUGGACUUCUGACUUGACUGAUUUAAAUUGCCUUGUUAAAAGUAUUAGAACAGAAUUGAAAAUCAGAUACCCAUGAGCCAUUUCAGCCAUAUCCAUCAACAAGAAACUCAGAGGGAAAAUCUAGAAAGACUGAUAGACUGGUCUGCUUACACCCCAGAAUUAGUCAGUUGCUGGUGGCAGGUCCAUGCUGACUCUAGUACUUAUAAAAUGCCAGAACAAAGUAUCUUUGCAAAAUGUUUAAUGCAAAAUAUACAUUAUGCAUUACUGAUUUACCCAUAACUGAGUAGCAUAAGCAGCUAUGGUCUGUAUUUAUUUGUAUGUAACAGUGCGCACAUAGAUUUUGGUGUUUUUAAAAUUGGAGAAAGCACAUUCCGUGUGUCUGUUCUUGCUGAAGUGCCCUAAUGAUAAGUAAAUAAAAUAUAUAUUUAAAAAAAGUACAUAGGGUUUGGGCAUAUAGAUUUCAAAAAUUGAGUAUUUUGUGAUGAUUGAUUAUUUUGUUGUGCUCUACUGUCUGAUCAUUAAACUUAUUUUCCAAGAUCUAGUAAUUCACAUAAGUUAUACAUUCCUUCAAACCCAGAACAGUAUCAUUAAAAUAAGAUGCCAUAAAAAGUGGUAUUUAUUAUCAUUGGAGAUUUUCGCUCAAACCAUUAUGCCUCAUUUCAGACUUUCUCCAUUUGUAAAUUUGUCAUUCUCAGUAUGGACCACCAUAUUUCCCAGCCUUAGGAAUAUCUGAAAAGUCUAAAAUAUGCUAAACUCUGAUAUAAAUUCAUAAUAACACCUAUAUAAGGUAUUCAUAUUUAAAUUCAUUCAAAGCAAUGCAUUAAUUUGUUACAAUCAGUUGUCUGAAGGGACAUUUAUCCCUAAAAUGAUCCAUCUUGGCUUUUACUCAUAAUUUUGAUUAUAAUAUUUUGAACUUUAAUAGGCACAUAUCUGUCCCAGUGCAUCUGUAAUUCAGCAGUUGUGAGCAGCAUGUCAAGUGAUGAUUUUCGUUUUAAUUCUUUUUUUUUCUUUUUCAUUGAAAAGAUUUAGAUUUUUUUGAAGUUACAUGUCCAUUUUAUUUGAACUCUUGCACUGAAAAUUCUGAAAAAUCAUGCAAGACCAUGAUCCACAGCCAUAUAAGUAAAAAUUCAAAAGAUUUUUGUCAGAUUUUAUUUUGGUGAUUUGUAACAUCAAACAAUUCAUCCUUGUUUUGCAAAGGGAGACUCAUACUGUCAGACUGGGGUCUGUGUCAUGAUUUCUGAUGUAGCAGAUGCUGUGUUCACUGUGUACUGCAGUACUCAGGUUGGGAACAUCUGGUGGCUUGGUCUCAACUGCUUCAAAGACACUUUGUUAAAAAUAGGUUUGUUUGUGGAAAGUGAGAUUGGCCAGUGUCAAAUUCCUGAUUGUGUUUAAAGGAGAUUUUCCAUUCAGUUGCCUAAUAAAGUCAUAAAUGGCA